UUGCUUCUUUCGUAGGGCUGUGGACAUGUUUGUAGGUUUUCUGUGCUGUGUGUGAUUUGUGCACUGCUCAUACAUGUGCACUGGUAGCUAGAGCGGCCCUCAGCAUAGCCUGAACCAUGAUUGGUGGACGCAAGAGAAGCAUGAAGGGGCUCCGAAACCGGUCUGGCCACGCCCUCAGGGCCCCUGUUGUGGCCACGCCCUUCAACAGACAUGAGAGAAGGUCCAAAUUAAGUUCCCUGUUUGGGAUGGACCGUGCUAGCAACCAAGGCGGCAACGAAUCCCUGACCUACACGGCACCCAAGCAGCCCAAGAAAGGGACCAAAGGAUCCAAAGAGGGGGCGGCCCCAUCCUCAUCAGGGGGUGGACAGUCGGCAUUGUUACUGGCCGUGGCAGUCCAUGCAUACAGAUUUUCCAAUGGCACGUACAUCAAGCACGGAAAGUUGGGGGCUGCCAUCUUGGGCAACCACACAGCAAACGACUAUAAGCUGCUUCUGUACAUCAGCAAGCAACAGCAGGUGACGCACGCCAGAAUCACGCCACACUUCAUUUUCACUACGCAAGCCAACAAUUAUGCUACAUUUUACGAUGAGCAGAGGCAGAACUGGUCCAUUAUGUUUGAGACGGAACAGAACGCAGUCGACUUUGCCAAACAGGUGGGUUUGGCCAAGCUUAACGCCUCUGGCGGCAUAACCAAGGGAGUGAUCCAGCAGGAUCUGACGGUGGGCAUGGGAGAGCCGGUCAAUGAAGGGGAUUCCGUGGAGGUCAAGUACACCGGCUGGCUCUACCAGAGCAGGACGUUUGGAACCGUUUUUGACAGCAAUGCGACUGUUGACAAGGCUUUCCGCUUCAAGAUCGGGCGAGGGAAAGUUAUAAAGGGUUGGGAGGAAGGUGUGAUCUCAAUGAAGAAAGGUGGGCGCCGGUUAUUGCUUAUUCCUCCUGCGCUGGCCUAUGGGAAGAAGGGACUUGGGUCUCGGAUACCACCCAACUCCACUCUCAUAUUUGACGUCGAGAUUAAAAAGAUCAAAGUGUCCAAGGACGAGACUGGUUCAGUGUCCUCGGAUGCCAUGGAGGCAGCAUCUGCCCUGGCCAACGAGCACCACCGAGCAGCCUCACCGAGGGUGGACUCACCCAGGGUAGACGGAGCAAGUAGCAGCGAGGAAGAGGAGAAGAUGAGGACGUUGUCCAGCACAAGCCAGACUAAACCGCCGGUGCCGAGGAAAAUUAGUAUCAACGAACGAGUACGCGAGAAGCUGUCGCCCUCUGCUCCCAACCAGAAAAGAGCCGGCAAACCAAACCGAAAAGUUAGCAGCGAUGAAACAGUGAAGACGCGGUCAGCUUCCCUCACUGACCACCUCUCAUCCAGCCCCGUCAGUAGCAGUAAAGCCAAGCUCAUCUCCAGGAUGGCCAAGAUGGGACAGCCCAUGUUGCCUCUACAGGGGGCUGCGGUAGCCACAGAGAGCACCGACGAUUCGGAGGCCGAUGAGAACAGUGCGUCAGACACCGGCUACACCUCCCCGCCACCAGUAACCGCACACCCUCAUCCGCGUAGCAAGCCUGCCAAGAUGGGACGCAAGCCGCCAACCACUGCCAAGCCAGAGCACCAGCACGCCAUGGGGGCCGACGGCAUGGCCCAACAGAUGCACAUGCCAAACUCUACGGUGGGCAUGAUGCCUCAAACCGCACAAGCCAUGCCGCUUUCCCAGGCCGUGGCCGUCUAUCAGCCCCAGCAGCAACCACCCCAACCGCAGCAGUUUCCGGCCCAGCCCCAGGUGCAGCAGCAACCCAUGGGCAUGGCGGGUAUGGCCGGCAUGCCAGGCAUGGCGCAGCAGCCAGGAUUCCAGUCAACUGCCAUGCAUGGGACAGGAUCGCAAUAUCCGUACCAGCAGCAAUUUACCGCCCAGGCCACCGAUCCCAAUCUCUUGCUGCAGCAGCAACAGCAACAGCAGCAGGCAGCGGCCGCCGCGGCAGCAGCGGCGGCGGCAGCCCAGCAGACCCUUCACCACCACCAGCAGCCGCAGCCGCAGCAGCAGCAGCAGCCGUUCGCCAGCACGAUCCUGACGGGCACCAGCCAGGCCCUGGUCCAGCAACCCGUGAGCCAGGAGUUGCCCAUGCUGCUGUCUGAGUCCCGCCAGCACCACUCGGACCUCAAGAUGGUCAUGGACCUGGUGUCGGGCAAGAUUGACAACCUCUCAGCCAGAGUGGAGAAACUGAACUUCCAGUCUUCAGCGACCGGUCCCUCGCCAGCGGCCAUCCCAAACCUAGAAGCCAACAUCUUGAUGCAGAACAUCGCCCGCAUCGUCCAGGAGAAUGAAAAACUCAAGAAGGAAAACGUGGAGAAGGACAGUAAAAUUGAGACGCAGAACGAGAAGAUAGCUGAACUUAUCCAGAGGAAUCAGAUGUUUGUCGAGCAGAGCAACACCCUGAUGGAGAAGAGGAAUGACUCCUUCAAGCAGACGACGGCCCAGUCCCAGGCCAGGGUCCUAGAGAUGGAACAGGAAAAGGUUCAGCUGACGGCAGACCUCAGCAAGGCCACUGCCAAGAUCAGCUCCCUCCAGAUGGAGCUGUCGGCGGUCCAGCAGCGAGAGAGCGAACUCAAGACCAAACUGGACCACGGGCUGAACACCUCCCAGUCACAGCUGUCAGAGAUGGAAGCCAUGCGGACCAAACAGCAAGACUCAGACUGGAAGGUAACCGAGCUUACUAGGAACCUCAAGGAAGAGAAGGCAGAGAAGAAGUCACUGAGCAACCGGCUGAUCGUCAUCGAGGAGGAACUUAACGACCUGAAGAGCGAGAAGGAAACAAUCGACAAGAGUCUGUCAGAGAGGAAGAGGAAAGCUGCCCUCGAAAAGCAGAGGUUUGAUGAUGAAAUAGAAGAGCUCAAGAAACAGUAUGAGAGCAUAAUAGCUUCCCAGAUCAAGGAAGAGAUCAGUAACCUGCAGAACAAGCUGAGGUUAGAGAAGUCCUCAAAGGAUAUUGCCACUGCCGAACAGAUUGCCCAGGUUGAGCGGGAUCUUGAAGCCCAGUGGAGGGAGAGGUCCGAAAGGCUCCUGGCCCAAGCAAGGGAUAAACAUGAGAGAUUGUACAGCGAGCUGAACGAGGAGAAGGAGACGUUGGCCAAGAAACUGGCCCAGACUGAGCAGAAGAUGAUAGCCUUGAGGUCUGGUCAAGGAGAAACCAGAGAGGAAGCUAAUCGACUCAAGGAGCAGGUGUCAGAGAUGAGCGGUUGGAAGGAGAAGUACGAUAGUUUGCAUUCCAGUGCGGUGAGCAUGAAGGAGCGAUACGAGGAUCGCAUCAAGGAGAUGAUCCGCGACCGGGAGACGAGAGACGGCGCCGCAUCCCAUAGCAACAUCAUUGACGAGGUCAAAAAGAUAAUGAACAGUGUUUAUCACACACUAAGGAGCGAGUUUGAGCCAGGAGGCAACUACAAAGGAGCGGACAUCUUGAACACCAUCAUGAACACUAUCAAGGUGGUAACCUUGAAACUUGUGAAGAGGUCAGCGGGAGGCAGCACGGAGGAGGAAGAAGAUGAAGAUGAAGGAGAAGAAAGUGAAGAAGAUGAAGACAGUGAAGAGGAGAGCGAGGAAGAUGAGGAGACGCCAGUCAAACCAGCUAAAGAGGUGGUUCAGAAAUCUAGUCCUCCAGUUGAGGAGGCAGCCCAAGCCUCUGCCCCACCGUCUUCCCAAACUCCCUCUGGCCCAGGUCAGAUGCAAGACGAGCCAGAGGACAUCCCUGAUCUGCCUGACGUCCCAGACGAAGAGCCCCACGGUGGGGAGAGCAACAACAAAGACGAUGGUGAGAGCAGCGAUGAAGAAGGCACCUCAGAGGAGGAGACGGCAAUCGAGGAGGCAGAAGCCAAAGAGGCAGGAGAUACCGAGGACCUGGAGGAUGCGGUCCCUACGGAGACAGCCACAGAGCCAUCCUUGCCUCCAGAGAAAUCGGAUGAGGAGAAGGAGGAGGAGGACGAAGGGCCAACAAGUCUUCCACCCGAAUUGCCCCCAGAUGCCCCUCCUGAGGCACCUCCAUCAGAUGAGGAUGCGGAAGACGGUGAAGAAGAGGUUGAUGCAGAUGAGGAUGUUGAAGAGAACAGAGCAGAGGAAGAUGCUGAACCAGAAGCUGAGGUCCCCGAAAUUCCACCCCAGGACACCAUAGAUGAUCUGCCGGACUUCUCCCCCCAAAGUGAGACCGAACCGGACGACACAACCACAGAGAGUGCACCACCCCCGGCCAUGUCUCCCCCACCAUUCCUGCCCAGCCUUCCCCCGGAGCUACCCCCGGAAGACGAAGACGAGCCAAAAACCAAGAGUGCCACGGAUGACAUCUUCGGUGAUGAUGAUGACGAGGACGAGAAUGAAUUCUUCUCCACGCCCCCGACCAAGAGGAAGGAACUGCUUAAGAAAUCCUCCAUCACCAAGCCCGUCGUCAAGAAAGAUGCCGAGGACGGCGAUUCGCCCAAACCUCAGUCUCCCCCUCCGCUGUUCGGAUCUGACGAUGACGAUGACGACUUGGACUGGCUUACCAAGAAAUAAUGACUAGCCCUUCUAUCUCAGAGAGUAAGGUGUUACCAGGCCACUGGGGAUGACGAAGAUUUCAAGAAGUGGCCAGUGUUUUGGCCAGUUGGCCUCCAUACUGACCACAGCAUUGGCCAUUAUCCACUGUAUGUUGCUUGACUGAGAUUGUGACCAGUGGCCACCAGAUUGGCUGUUUGUAGCCACAGCCGUGAUGGCGUGGCCAUCACAGUGGCUACUACUAAUUUGAAUGAUCGUUUUCUUUUUUGCCAUAUAGUACAAUAUUAACCUACGCUGACAUAAAGACUAUAUUUAAAGUUCAAUUAGAAGUAAACUGGACGUUAAGGUGUGCGUUCUAUUUGGAAUUCAACUGGUCCAGAAUAUGAUGCACGUAUCUGCAGUUGAAAUUUAAACAGAGCAAGUGUAUUUUAAUUGACACAAAAGGUUCAACACAUUGAUAUUCAAUUCUUUUUUUUCCAAAUGUUUUACUCCCCUUGAUUUUUCCAGUUAGACUGCGAGCAUUAUUCAAGAUUUUCGAGGUUGGUAUGUGGAAUCAAGAAUGUUGAUAUUUGUAAAUAAGAUUAUAUAUUUCUGCUCAAGCCCAGAAAUUGAGUACUUCACAUUUUUUGGAUGAACACAGUAGGCCUAUUGUUUAUAUAUAGACAGCAAAAUUAUGAAUGAUUAAAAUCACCAGUUCAAAUAUUCUUCAGCAAGGACCGACAAAAGUAUGUAUUGUCUUCCUUGCAAAACGCCAAGUGCUUUUUUAAACUUGAAGUUAAUACUGAUUAUGUUCUAGAAAGCAAAUGCUGCCAGACUUUCAACAAAUUUUGUCCAAAUUUUUUGGAACGUGUCAAAUGAGUUAUAAUAUUGUACUAGAAACUGCAUGUUGUAUUUGUGUUGCAAUCUUUUGUGCAAUUUAUAUGAAUAAAUUGCUUAAUAUUGGCAAAAUGCUCUUAGUUUGUUUAACACUUAUGUGCUACCAUUAACAGGUCCGAUUCUUGGCCCAAAAAUUUGCUUUUCUGCUAACGACCAAGAAAUGGCUUUUGAUGAAAGGUAAAAUGAUUUGAAUAUUUCACAUCUCAGUAUUUCACAGAUUUGUGCAGAAAAAGGCAUUUGCUUGAAAAAAGUGAGAUUUUGCCCAUUUAUCAAAACACGUGCUUGCCCUUUCAUUAUCUGGCAGGAUUACUGGUGAUAAUGUUUAUGGAUCUAAAGACAUCUCUGCAAUGUUCAAGCAAUUUCAAGUGUCAAAAUCUUUAUCCUAUCUUAAUAACUUUACAACUUUUCUUUAAACAACCCAGAAACUUACUUUUUAUAAAGGGUUAAAGAUGUUAAACUUCAGUACCUCAUUGUUUUCAUAGAUUGAGGUAGGAAGUUUCCAGAAUAAUUAAUACUUUGCCGCCGUUUCAAACAUCUUGAAUGCAAGAAACCUUGUGGCAUGUGCUCUAAGGAAAUACAGUCAUGUUUAUAAUUUUCAAGUAAUCUGAUUGUC